AUGUCCAAGGCUGAUACCAAGGAACAUCUCGAGCAUCUCGAGAAUACCGGUUCCCCAAAUUCCAUUCAUGAAGUCAACAUCAACAUCGAUGAUCUUGACUCUAUUGAGCAGACCGAAACCGGCAAGUUUUCAUGGCUGAUCAGUAUCACUGCUGCCAUCGGUGGCAUGCUGUUUGGUUAUGAUACUGGAAUCAUAUCCGCUGUUCUUGUCUACAUCCACCGAGACCUCGGCAAGACUCUUACGUCUCAGGAGAAAGAACUCAUUACCUCGAUCACCUCUGGUGGAGCCUUUUUGGGUGCCAUCUUUGCAGGUUGUUCUGCUGAUCGUUACGGGCGAAAGGUUGCUAUCUAUGUGGGCUGUGUCCUCUUCACUGUCGGUGCCAUCAUCCAGGCCGCUUCUUUCUCAGUCGCUCAGAUGACUGUUGGCCGUCUGAUCGUUGGAUUCGGCGUUGGCAGUGCUGCAAUGAUUAUACCUCUCUACAUUGCCGAGUGUGCACCAAGCAAGUAUCGAGGGCGUAUGAUCGGCCUUGAUAACAUGUCAAUCACUGGUGGUCAGCUCGUAAGCUACGGAAUUGGGGCCGCCUUUUCUUCAGUCUCAUCUGGCUGGCGAUACAUGGUAGGCGGCGGCGCCAUCCCUGCUAUCAUACUAGCCGCUCUUCUCCCUUUCUGCCCUGAGUCUCCUCGUCAACUCAUCUGCCACGGGAAGCCUGAAGAGGCGGCCGCAGUCAUCCGACGAAUCUUUCCCAAUGGUACCGAGCAACAGGUUCAGGACAAGAUCCGUCAUCUCACAUACCACGUCAAUGAGGCCAAGUCUCUUAACGCUGGCAAGUCUCAGUGGUGGGUGUUCAAGCAGCUCUAUGUCAGCCCCGCAAACUUCCGAGCUCUCGUAUCUGCCUGUGGACUCAUGGCUAUCUCUCAGCUCAGCGGCUUCAACUCUCUCAUGUACUACUCUCCCUUGUUGUUCUCUCUUGUUGGUUUCUCCAACCCGGUCGCUGUGGGUACCAUAAUUGCUGCCACAAACUUCAUUUUCACCUGGGUCAAUCUUAUGCUUGUUGACCGUGCCGGCCGCCGAAGAAUUUUGAUCUGUACAGUUCCUUUCAUGGGUCUCGCUCUCGUUGUUGCUGCUGUGUGCUUCAAGUACAUCCCCAUCAACCAUGACUUGUCUCUAGCAUCCGACGCUAAAAUCGGCUGGCCUGCUAUUGUGGUCCUUGUUAGCAUGGUUAUCUUUGUCGGAUUCUACUCUUCUGGUAUCGGCAACACUGCUUGGCUUUCGAGCGAAUUCUUCCCAAUGGAGGUCCGAGCUAUGGGGACUAUGAUGCUUACCAUGACCUGCUGGGGAUCCAACAUCAUUGUGUCUUCGACAUUCCUUACUCAGAUGGAGAAUACUACCCCCUCUGGUGCUUUUGGUUUCUAUGCUGCCAUCUGCAUCCUAGGCUGGGUUUGCAUCUACUUCUGUUACCCUGAAGUUAAGGGCAUGACUCUUGAGGAUAUUCGAGAGAUCUUCCAGCACGGCUUCGGUGUCCAGCGAGCUCGAGAAAUCCAGAAGGAGAUGAAGCUUCUCGGAAAAUCUACUGCCUCUGAUGAGGUCGCCAAGGCUUAG